AUGCCGCGACGACAGGCGCCUCUCGACGACUAUGCAUCCGCCAUCAUCCUCUCCUCGUCCGAUGCCGACUUCCUCGACCAUCUGAUACCAGUUCUAAAGGAUGCGGCCAACUCCAAGCGAACGCCAGCGCUCAUGCAAUGCCUCACGCGCUACUCUGAGGACCGUGAAGCCGACAUCGAGCGCAUCGGCUUGACCAAGCACGAGGAGUUCCUCGACUCCGUCAGCCGCCUUCAGCAUGUCCGCGAGGGGACGGUCAAUCUUACGGCCGAGAUUCUCAAGCUCAACCAGUCCAUCCAAGCAAGCACGGAGAAGCUGGCCGAGCAGAAGGGCGCCCUCGUCAACACCAAAGCUAUUCGGCAGAACAUUGCCGACGCCACCGACGCUCUCAAAGACUCGCUCCAAGUCUUGCAUGCUGUCAACCAUGCACACGACCUUGUCCGCCGCAAGAAGUAUUACUCUGCGCUCAAGUCACUCGAUGACCUGCAGAACGAGCACUUGGUCCCGAUCCUGCAAAAUCGCUACGCCACUCAACAUCGGUUGGCCGAUGUCAUCCAGAAAUCCAUUCCUGGCUCUCAAAAAGCUAUCUCGGAGGCUGUCAUGACCGACUUGAACACAUGGCUCUUCCGCAUCCGCGAGACAUCCCAGUUCCUCGGCGAAGUGGCAUUCUACCACACUGAAUUGCGAAGGUCCCGGCAGCGGAAGAGGGUAGAAGACGACCAGUUCCUCUCCAACUUCAAACUCAAUUCGUCCAUUGAACUUGUUUGCGAUGAGAGCGAGGAGUUUGACGUGUUGGACAAUGAGGAGCUUCAAGUAGACUUCACUCCACUCUUCGAGGCCCUUCAUAUACAUGAUGCGCUUGGCCAGACUGAUCGAUUUCGGUCCGAAUACGCCGCUACCAGACGUCAGCAAAAAGACUUGCUGCUCCCCAACUCAGUCGAGCUCCUAGCCGACGACGAAUCGUCUCUAAGCAGUUUACUCGAAGGCAUUGCUGGCUUCGCAAUCAUCGAAAAGGCAACAAUGAGGCGGCUGCCUCAUCUUCGUUCCCCGGUUGAUGUUGAGGAGCUUUGGGAAUCAAUGUGCAGCGCCGCCAUCAACUUGACGUCCAGGGCCUUGAGCGAUGUCGGCAAUGCUGAGAUCCUGCUUAAGAUUAAGGGUUUCAUCGCGCUGUUCAUACAAACCAUGGAGGGCUGGGGCUACUCCAUCGCCACCCUCGAUUCAUUUCUACUGGCGCUUUUCGACAAGUACGCCGAGCUUCUCAAGCGGCGCUUUAGUGAGGACUUCCAAGAGAUUGUGUCUACCGACGAUUACAUGCCCAUGGCGAUCAACUCACUCGAAGAAUACGAGAAGGUGAUCAACGUCAGCUGGUUCGCGCAAGACCAGCCGACAGAAGAGCUUACUUUUCCUUGCGUGUUGCCCUUCUCUCAGAUGUAUCCGCUCUGUUGCAUCGACAUCCGCAACUUCCUCAAUCAGUUCUACUUCUUCUCCGAUGAUCAUUUCCAGCAUUCUGAUGUCAUUGACGAGACUCUGAGAAAGUCCCUAGAUGAGCUGUUGACCGAGAAGGUUUGUCAGUCACUCGUGGAGCGCCUUAGCUCGCAAUAUCUCGGCCAAAUAGUCCAGAUCCUCAUCAACCUGGAACAUUUUGAAAUUGCAUGCCAGGAGCUGGAGCAGCUGUUGAUCAGGGCAAGGUCGUCGACAUCAGCUGGAGGGCCGCUGAAAUUGAACGCUACCGAGGAGUUCCGCAAUAACAAGAAGACGGCCGAGAAGCGCAUCUUCGAGCUCGUCAACAGCAAGAUUGACGAUCUCGUCGAUACGGCCGAAUAUGACUGGCUGGCGUCCAAUGUGCCUACAGAGCCAAGCAAUUACAUGCAAACGCUGACCCGAUACCUGUCCAAUAUCAUGAACUCCACGUUGCUUGGCUUGCCUCGAGAAAUCAAGGAGUUGAUCUAUUUUGAUGCAUUGAGCCACGCAGCAAACAAGAUCCUGGCUCUCCCGCUGUCGCAGGAAGUGAAGCAUAUAAACGCCCACGGAGUUUCCGCACUGGCACAGGAUGUCGAAUACUUGACCGAGUUUGUCGCUAGCCUGGAAAACGGGCAGAUGCUGCGAGAGAACUUGGACGAGCUGCAGCAGACGGUCAACUUGAUGCAGUCAGACAACCAUGACGAAUUCUUCGACAUUUCCAUUCGAAACAAAAAGUACGGGCGCGUCGACGCCCUCAACGGACCUAUCCUCCUUGAAAAACUCACGCCUGUGACACACGCCGCGGCCAGAAACGCGCCGUUGUCGAAUCUGUCAAGUCGCUUCGCCAUGAUGAAGUGA